UAUAGAAAACAGGGGAUAGUCACAAGUAUCUGGGAUGCAAUACACUGUAUCUAUGUAUCUAUACAACAUAUGUUGCCCUAGCCCUGUUCCAAAUUGGAUUUACUGUGGUAUUUAUAAAUAAUACUGCAUAAAUGUAAUAUAACUAAGGAAAUGGAAAAAAUAUAUAAGUCAUAAGUAUCGCACUUAUCGAGAAAAAUAUCUGAGUAACACAUACAUAUCUGCCAGUGAAUCUUAUUUGUUUGAGGUUGAGUUUUUUUUUUUUUUUUGUUUGAACAGCUGCCAAUGCUCAUAGGGCAUUUACGAUAAGAGGUAACAAAAUAUAUCUUAGAAACUUAUUUUUUGCUAGGCUAAAAAUGUGAAUAUGUUUGGGAACAACUCAGUUAUCACUGAGAAGUCCGUCGCCCCUUUGAGUUAGUAAACCCAAUCGAAUCAUGACUGAGUACAGUUCCCAGAGCCAAACUGAAAGUGAUAGCGAUGAGGGACCGGAACCGGAUGUGGAGCAGGCCAGGACCCGGGGUUCCUCGGAUGAUCUGACCAGCAACGAGUGGCUGAGCCUGCACGGAUUUCCAUCCGGCACCGAUGACGAGUUGCUGGCCAUUUUCUCUCGCUUCUGUUCGAUGAACUCGCAUCGCAAAAGGAAGAAUGGUCUAGAGCUGGGAUUCGCAUCCGCGGAGCAUCUGCAGCUGGGCGUUCUGAUGGCCAAGCGUCUGGUGGUGUGCAACAUGCAGAUCCAGUGGCAUGUGGGUCGUCUGGAGGAUGAUCCAUCCCUGAAUCCCAAGCCUUCAAAGGAGGAAGCCCGUGCUUCGGGCGGUGGACUGGGCGUUUUUGGCAAAUUGCGAAGGGCAUUUGCCAAUUACUUUCACUAGCAUUACCAUUACUAUUGUUCAAAGAAAUUGUUGCAGUCGUUUUUUGAUUCCAAACUAAGGAAUUUGCUAUAUUUGCUAAUACAAAACAUUCAUUAAUUACAAGCUAAGUCUUAUAAUUAGCUCGUCCCACGAUAAUUGGCUGCGAAAUCUUAAAACUUAAAGCAUUCAAUAUUACACAAUAGGGGUCCUUGGGGAAAUUGUUCCCUGUGGGUGGAAUGUAAUUGCCGUUCAAGGCCAGAAAAUUAAAUGUGAUUUCCACCCACAUAAUCCAUUUAAUUAAGUGCGACUAAAAAUCAACAUAACGUGCAUUUGCCGUUCAAUAUGGUAAUUUAAAACCCAGACAACAAGUUGCUGAUCACAUAAAAGUCUUGCAAACCCAGCCACCCCAUCCAAAGCCCACCCCCAACCCCCCGCAGGCGCCCACAUAAGGUCGAAAAUGAAAUGGAAAUUUUUCAGAGAGCAAAAAUGAAAAAAAAAAAUAAUAAAAGCCGCCAUAAAUAAUAUGCUCAUAUUGCGGACUCUUCAAUUAAAACUCAUUAACAUAAUGGCCUAAAACAGCACUCGACUAACUGUCGGCUGAAUGUGACAAAAAUAAAGCAAUAACAGUGGCGGCGACUGCUAUUCGUGCUAAGGGGGGCAGGGGGUUCCCAGAAGGGGGGUUGUCUGCCUUCAAAGUAAAUUUACUUGUCAGUGUCGACGCGUGUAAUUUAUGCAAAUUUUAUGCGCACACCACCAAAAAGCAAAGCACCAAAAAAAAAAGGAAAAAAUACAAAUUUAACUACAACCAGCGAAAAACAGACAAAGACGGCAAAAAAAAAUAAAAAACAAGAAAAUAAAAGCAUUAAACGCAAAGCACGCAGAAUUGUUUUUAUUUUUUUUUUAAGGCGGAGGGGUGUGUCGUUUUCAUUUUAGUUUAUGGCGACAUAAUUAAAAUUUAUACGACUUACAGCCCGUAUUUACAGGGAACCAGCACCCCUUUUGAAGUACAGUAAUAACACCGCGAUAGGUCGACUUAUGUAAUCGACCGGCAUUAGAUUUCUGUAUCUUAUCAAAUAUUUUGUAACACUAAUCGAAUAUGACGUGCAGCCUUAACUAUAAAAGUGUGUUCCUUGAUAACAAUUUUAUUAAAGAUAUUUUUUUUCGACGCAUUGAUUUAUCUAGUGUCCACUGCACUUAAAUGGGCAGCAAAAUAUGGGCUUACAUACAUACAUAUAUUGGGAAAUCCCAGGUCUUCUCACAAUUGCUCCCUCCCUUUCUAGCACUCCUCCUUUUUGGGGUUCACCCUCCCCCCCUCGCUCUAUCACCUGGCAUCUUUCGCCGUGUGUGGCCGUGUCAGUCGUUCUCGCUCACUCCACUGCCCUAUCCCCCUCAGUCUCGCAUAAUUCUUUCAAAUUCAAAUCCAAAGCCAGACAAUAACAACACUAAAUUAUGAAGGAGAAGACUGCAGUCCUGCUCUCUCGCUGCUCAGUAGAAUACACAGAAAGAUAUGAAUGGGCAAACUCGUUCUACUAACAAGAUAUUAACCAAUGUUUUUAUAUUCUUAGUUAAUCUGCUAUAGCUGUAAAAACAAUAAUUACUUUAUAUUCGCAAACAUCACUGCAUACCGCAUUGUCACCCUUUUUUUCUCAGUGUAUCGUGGCUUUCGUUCCUCUUCGUCUGUUGCUGUUUGUAAUUUACCUGCCAGCCAGUUGUUUUGUUUACCUAUGAUGGCAUUUCCCUCUUCACCGGCUAUCGCUCACCUUUUCCCCUGGUCCUUGUCCUUCGCUCAUUCCGUCCUCGUACCCUUCGCCUUUA